CCAUCACCGUGGACCCAGUCUAUGUUUAACACUGGGUUUGUGUGAAUUGCGGGUAGAAUGGUGUAAAUGAGAGAGGCAGGAGUUGUGAAUAAAUGUGUGUCAGGCGGCUCCGUGUGAGAGCAGAGCUGCGGGAUGUUCAGCGGACGUCAGCGGGACUCGAACACCAUCAACAUCACCGCUCUGUUAGACUUGAUGGUCACUUUAUAUCUGGUGUUAGAAGAGAGCAGAGGUGACGGUGAGAAGGUUUGGGUCUGAACAUGACACGGUUCGAGGACAACAGACAACUACACCCACUGCCCCACAUUUCACCGACGCCGGGCUCUUCCUCCUUCCACUGACGGGAUGGAACCGUGUUACAUAACGUCGUGUCGUAAUGACUUUUACAUAACCACUGAAUACACCUUCUCUUCUACGUCCCUCUCUCUGUCAAUAGGUGGCAGUGUCGCAGCAUCCUCCACUCCUACCAGCCCAGAGGGUGCAGUGAGCUCUCAGCACCACACAGCGGUGCUCUCCACCUUCCUUUCACUCGGGAGUAGGAUGUUAGAGGAAGAGUCGCAGGAGAUGAGGAGUCAGCAGGGGGCCAAGUCAGCAGGCGGUCCCGGGGGUGCAGUGGGGGGCGGGGCCGUGACCCUGUGCCUCCCAGACGAAGCUGCGUCCAUGUUGACCUCCAGCAGCCUGCUGGCCCGCUCCCUCCUGGGCCGCACCUCCGCCAUAAAACGCAAAGAAAGUCCUUCUUCCAGCAUCCGACGCAAACGUGAGUUCAUCCCUCACGAGAAAAAGGACGACGGUUACUGGGACAAGAGGAGGAAGAACAACGAGGCGGCCAAACGCUCACGGGAAAAGAGGCGCAUGAACGACAUGGUCCUGGAGGGCCGGGUGUUGGCGCUCCUGGAGGAGAACGCUCGGCUGAGGGCGGAGCUUCUCGCCCUGAAGUUCCGCUUUGGCCUGGUCAAAGACCCCGCUAACGCCCCCAUCCUACCAAUCGCUGCAGCAUACCAUCAUCUCCACAGUGGAGACGCCGCCGCCGCCGCCCCCCCCGGCUCCUCGGCCACACACCUGAACCCCCGCGGCUCCAGAGACCCCGGUCACCUGUCCGAGGACUCUGGGUUCUCCACACCAGGUGGGUCCAGUGUUGGCAGCCCGGUCUUCUUCGAGGACCGGCUCAGUGAUCAUGGGAAAUUAUCUCCACAGAGAGCGGAGGAAGUGACCUUUGACCUUCACCACUCCCCUGCUGAUGUUCACCACACAGCCAUGAAGGCCCUGCCUCACAAACUGCGUUUCAAGAUUCCAGGAAAUUGCGACGGGGCAGAUGCCACCGGGGACAGCGGUUGCCCCAGAAGCAGCCCCCUACAGACCCCCAAAGGACUGAACUCUGGGCCCUGGUCCUCACAGCCGGAGGCCGGGCAGGACAGACGAGACAGACUGUCCCCCCAGUACACCGCGCCCCCUACUGUCCACAACCUCCAGACUCCGCCCACCCCAGAAGGACAGGGACAGUCGGAGGUGCAGUGUCACCACGAGAACUCGUACCUGAAGUCUCAGCUGUCCUCCCUGAGUGAGGAGGUGGCUCAGCUGAAGAGGCUGUUCACCGAGCAGCUCAGGGCAAAGGUCAACUGACACAGACCACAACAGACUGACAACAAAAUGUUCUGUACAACACUGUAAGAAAGUCUCAACGUUUGUCCAAUAACCUGCUGUUAAUGAAGUACUUCGUGUGAGUAGUACUAGGACUUU